AGAGGUUUUUUUUUUUUUAGGUAGUUGUGAUCGGUUAAUGUCAGCUGAUGGAAUCCUCGUUAUUUAUUUUAAAAAUAAUCGGUAUUUGGACUGCUGUUUGUGGACCAGGCUCGUUGCUUGUUUUCUGCAAAUAAAUAGUUAAUGUCAUUUGGUCGUAAAUUAUUGUACAGAAACAAUGUUUAGGCUGAGCCUCGGUAACUAACCACACAGAGAGUGAAACUAAUUUAGCCGGUUGGAUAGCAGCUGAAACUAAAACCUCUGAAGUGUCAUGUACUGAACGAGGUAGUUGUCUAGUUCCUGCAUUGUGCCAAAGUAAAAGAAAUGAUCGAGUUAAUUUCGCGAUUGAACAUGUUUAAACUGGGCUGGCAGGCUCUGAGAUUCGGCACAGCGGCGCAAAUACGGCGCUACACCAAUCCUUCCCACUGCAGUCACAACUCUUUUGGUCUGCUUUUCGACAUUGAUGGGGUCCUGGUCCGUGGAAGAACCCCCAUUCCAGCAGCCAAGCAAUGCUUUAGACAUCUAGUGGAUGGAAAUGGAAAAUAUAAAGUCCCAGUGGUCUUUGUGACCAAUGCUGGGAACUCUGUCCGGCAGACCAAAGCAGAGCAGCUGUCUCAUCUUCUUGAAGUGGAGGUGUCACCGGAUCAGGUCAUGUUGUCCCAUAGUCCUUUACGGGUCUUCAGUCAGUUCCAUAAGAUGUGUGUGCUAGUGUCUGGACAGGGGCCGGUUGUGGAAGUUGCACACAAUUUGGGCUUUCAGAAUGUUGUCACCAUUGAUAUGCUACGAGAGGCGUACCCUCUACUGGAUGUGGUGGAUCACAAUCGCAGACCCAAAGAUGUGGUUCCUCCAUCCAGUGACCUCCAACCAAUUGAAGCUCUCAUUCUCAUUGGUGAGCCAAUCAGGUGGGAGACUAACCUUCAGCUGAUUAUGGAUGUUCUCCUGACCAAUGGGAAGCCAGGAAGUCCCAUAACAUCACUACAUUACCCACAUAUCCCUGUGCUGGCCUGCAACAUGGACCUGUUAUGGAUGGCAGAGGCAAAGAGUCCUCGAUUCGGUCAUGGAAUGUUCCUGGUGUGUUUGGAGAGCAUCUAUAAGAAGAUCACAGGUUAUGACCUGCAGUAUGAGGCUCUGAUUGGGAAACCCAGUGUGGUGACCUAUAAUUAUGCAGAGCUGCUGAUCAGACAGCAGGCAGAUAAGUUGGGCUGGACAGAACCUGUCCAAAGACUGUAUGCCAUUGGGGAUAACCCCAUGGCUGACAUCUAUGGUGCAAACCUCUACAACCGUUACUUGCAGUCAGUGCAUCGUGGCAGGACUCAGGUACAUGCACAAGGUGGCUCAGUCAGUCACAUAGUAGGUGAUUUCCACUAUGAAACAGCCGAUGAUACAAAAAGUUCAGGCAAGGUGAUGGUCGGGGGCUCAUAUGAGCACCGUCUACCCGAGAGCUGCAGCUCCAUCCUGGUGUGCACAGGUGUUUACAACCGAGAGCAGCAGGAGCUCUCUCCUGAGCAAACGGUCACAGAGCAGCGCAUCUUCCAUGGGCAUCGGGAUUUCCGCUUUGAUCCAACCCUGACCCAGCCUUCUUUUGUAGUUCAGGAUGUAUUCGAGGCUGUGGAGCUCGUCUUCCAGCAAGAGGGCUCUAGUCUGGAGUAAACCAGACACUUCUCGGGUUACCACAAAUACGUACAGAUAAUUAGAGAACCAAACUUAACACCUCACACAAUGGAAACCCUGCACGUGAAGAAAUGCCGUGCACCUCCAGGUCACUAACGUAUGCUGUAAGACCCUGAAAAUGACUCACUGUAACCGUAGGAUAAAGGUUUUUUUUUUUUAAGGAUUUGUAGUAAUUACAACUAGAACAUGAACUCUGUUUAUUGUUAAUAUAUUAAUAAAGUCAUGUUUUGGGUAGAGCAGUUCUGCUUUAGUGUGUUUUAAAUUAGACGUCAUGUUUACCAUACUAUUUAAGUAAAGUAAGGAUGGUUGUCUUUUUCAGCAUUUAAGUUUUUUGGAUUUAUUUUUGGAUACAAAAUCUUUUCAUCCUAUGUUGGUAUGCAAUUGUUUGUUAUUUUAACCUAUUUUUUAAAAAUGGAUGAAU